AUGAGUUUUCAUUUGGUACCUCCGCCAGAAUCAAAAUUAAAGAAGAAUUCCAAAAAGAAUUCGAAUGAGAAGAUACCCAAGAAAACUAUUAUUCCGACUAAUUUAAAGAUUCACGGUAAUCCUCGGCCUCAACUACGGACGUCGAAAUCUUCAAACAGCAGUGUAUCUAGCUACUCAGAUUACACGCCUGAAAGCAAGAACAAAAAUGCGGAAGUGAAUGCGGAUGAACUAUCUAAAAGUUUGUUGGGGUUAAAAAAAUCGACGUCGUCGCUUUCGCUAUCACGCAUGCAAAAAAAGAACAAGAAUAAUGAAAGUCAAGGAUCACAUACACCGGUUUCGCCGAGAACGAGCGGGAGGAGCAAGGCGCAGAGUACAGGGGCACAUUCUAAUGGACGGUCUUCUCCGAUGCUGAAUCGUUCAAACUCUUCGACGUUGUCUAAUUUGAAGGCGAGGCGAUCCCGGUCGGCGUCUCCGUCUGUGCUGCAAUCAUCCUCAAAACAUCAACCUAAUGUUAAUGCAGCAAACGCAAAUUAUAUGGACUUAGACUACAUAAGCCGUAAAUUAGACAAUUCAGACUUACAGCGGAACGUUUCUCACGGCCGUAACAUUAUUGAAAAUAAUAAUAAGAAAAAAAUAGAUGCUAUUGAUUUUAAGCCGAUUAUAGACCUUUCGAUAGUGAACUCGUAUGAGACGAUGAAAGAGCACAUGUAUUUCCCUACUUUUCAAGUUUUGAAGUACCGUAAUUUUUUAAACAUUUUAAGAGAUCAUCAUCAGAAUGAUCCCAUUAGUUUUGCAAGUGUGAGAAAUCAUUCCCUAAUAAAUUUCAUAGCUAGUUAUAAAGUGGGUCAGCGUAUACCAGAAAACGUGGAUAUCAAGCAGCAUGAUUUAAGAUUCUAUGAAACGUUGUUAGGGACAGAAUUGUUACGUUCUAGAACGAUAUUUCGACAAUUAAUCAGACGAGACAGUGCAAAGAUUAAAAAUAAAUCCAUGAUUAUAAAUUGCGAAGAAUUGGUACAACUAAAUCUUUCGAAUUACGUUAGGUUUGUUUUUAAUAUGCCUGAUGAAAUACCAGUUCCUUUGGAACAAUUAGACUCGAUUCAGCGCACACAUUAUAAAUAUAAAGAGUUGUUCAAGAAAAUCGGGCAUGUAUUAUAUUUAAUGAAUAGGGAAGUUGGAGGCGAUGAAAAUCCAGAAUCUGGAAAGACUUAUAUUCUACAAACAAUCCGAAAAGUUUCUUACGAGUAUAUUUUACUUGAAAAAUAUCUUUUUCAUAUUUUUUCAAAACUCGGCGAUAACUCCUUGAUUCAUAGUAGAAACUUAAAGGUUUUGUUUGAUAAAUUCAAUAAUAGAAUGCAAUCAAACAAUAAUGAAUCAAUAAAAGUUUUGCAUUAUAAUGCAUAUUUCAGUUCUCAGUACUCGUGGUAUUUAUCGAUCACAGCUCCAUUUAUACGGGUAUUUGAAAUGAAUUCAUAUUCGGAGGAUUUUGAACUUGUUAAUAACCAUGGUAAUUACUAUAGAAAUCUCAAUGAUACUAAAAAAAUUUCGUUCAAGGAUCUGGAUGUGGACCUUUAUGAUAAAUACUUCAAGAAAUUAGGACUCGAUGAUUAUUUGAAAUACCGGUCCUUAACCCCAGAAAAAUUGGUUGCGUUACAUGAGUCAAUUGAUAAAUCAUCACAAAAAUUGAACAAUUCCAAGAAAAUAGAAACAGAUGAUGGGUUAUCUAGCACUAGCCACAAGCCUAUGAAUUUUGAAUACUAUACAGAAUCUCUAGCAACUAUUUCUAGUGAGACUUUUCAUCUUAUUCAAUCUAGAGAUUUAGCACUUCAAUUGACCCCCAAAAAUUACUCGGUGAUAUUAACAGAAUUCUACAGGAUAUUGCAAAAAGAUGGCGUACUUGAAGUCCCAUUUAUACAGCUUAGUCGUAACAAAAUAAUGGAAUCAUUCCUGCAGCAGCACGAUUUUUCCAAGGAUGAGGGUUUCAUGAAUUUGAAUCUUCUCGAGCACUUUAAUAUGAUUCCAGACUUUUUGCAAGCCAUAUUGAAGGAAUUAUCCAAUAUUUUUGGUGAGGGAAAUGUUAAAUACCAUGUAUCACUUUUGAAUAGUAUUGGUGAAUUAAACUGUUUCUUGGCGAAGCACAUAUGCUUUCAACUUUUUGAAAUGUUCGGUCGUUUAGAUGAAUACUCAGCAAAGUUCACCAAUGUUGAUGAUACGAAUCUGCGUGACAUUAACGAAGAUGGAAUGUAUUACUAUAUAUAUAUAAGGGCCCACAAGAAAUAG